AUGCUCGGCAUACAAUGCUUAACACAAUGGGCACUGUCGUGGUGGCAGUACGUCUUGUCAAUUUUUUAUCAGAAAGAACUCAAUAUUGUGAUUGUGGGUCUACAAAACUCCGGUAAAACCUCCUUGACUGAUGCACUGACGUCAAAACCUUUUGAACAAGACACUAUACCAACUUUAGGGAUGCGCAUGGAGCAUUUUCAUCUGGGACUCAAUACCGUACGAGUAUUUGAUUUGGCAGGCCAAGAUCGCUUCCAACAUAUGUGGAAACGCUAUUUCGCACGAGCUGACCUAUUAAUCUACGUGAUAGAUCUCUCAGACUCAACAAACUGGCCCCAGGUCAAACAAAAUCUGCAUCAGGUCAUCUGUGAUACCAACCGCGAUAGCAUCCCAAUGCUCAUUGUGGGCAACAAGAUCGACCUUCUCAUUGCCCUGGAAUCUGGCAGUACCAUUUCUGGACGCAAGUUGCCCAAGAAGACGGCAGCGGAUCAAAAUGCGCUGGAACAAUGGAAAUACAUGGCACCUCUGCUCCGUAACUACGAAUACGACGAUAUUCCUACGUACUCGCUGGAUGAAACAAACCUCUACGUACUAAGAAAUGUGGAAACGCUGUCAAAAGAGCUGGGUUUGGAUCUCAAAAACGGUAUUUUGCACAUGCCAGAAUCUCAAAUUUACCUCGACCGCGAUUUGGCUGUCUUCACAAUAAGUUGUAAGAAUGGCGACUACGUCAGAGACAUAAUAGACUGGAUCGUACAAUUAUAG